CUCCUGCCUUGGUGGGCCCACAGCACUCUAUUCUUUUCUUUUAAGUAAGCUCUAUAUCAAACAUGGGGCUCACAACCCUGAUAUCAAGAGUCACAUGCUCUACCAACGGAGCCAGCCAGGUGCCCCUCACAGCAUUCUAUUCUGAUUCCAUCAGAGAUCCACUUGUCUUUACCUCCUCCUAGGCUGGGAGCUCUUUCCAGACAGGGGCAGAGCUUUAUCUGUCUCUGCAAGCCCAAUGCGCCCCACAGGAAAAAUAAGAGGGACCCAGAUGUGCUCCUUACACUCUUGCCUCCCUUCCUUUGAGGUUACCCCAGACCCCACUCCGCUCCAAGUGCUUGGAGGAUGAUGGACAGGGGACUCCUUGGGUGACGCUCGGAUGUGUCAAGAGCAGCGUCUUCCCAACAGUGGAGACUUCACCGGCCUCGUCCUGUCUCCCCUUAGCAAUCCUCUGAGAAGGAGGAGGCUGCUUCUCAGCCAGUCCCAAAGCCUGAUUUGGGGUUAGGGAGAAGCGAAGCCACAGAUCACAUGCCUCUCUCACCAGUUCUGGCCGCAGCCCAGCUUCUCUUUAGCGUCUCUUUCCCCACUUGACUCCAGCCCACAAAUCCCUGCCUUGUUCCUUCCAACCAUCACUCAGCCCCAGGGAUGGCCCUGCAGGAUGUGUGCAAGUGGCAGGCCCCCAACACCCAGGGACCAUCACCUCACCUGCCUCAGCCUGGGGCCUGGGCUGUGCCCCCAGGCUGCGAUCCUCAAACCUUCUUGCAGAUCCACGGCCCCAGGCUGGCCCAUGGCACCACCACCUUGGCCUUCCUCUUCCGGCAUGGAGUCAUCGCUGCUGCUGACACACGUUCCUCCUGCGGCAACUAUGUGGAGUGUCCAACCUCACGCAAGAUCAUCCCUGUGCACCAGCACCUCCUGGGCACCACCUCCGGCACCUCGGCCGACUGUGCCGUAUGGUACCGCGUGCUACGACGGGAGCUGCGGCUUCGGGCACUGAGGGAGGGUCAGCUGCCCAGCGUGGCCGGUGCCGCCAAGCUCUUGUCGACCAUGAUGUCCUGCUACCGGGGCCUGGAUCUGUGUGUGGCCACGGCCCUGUGUGGCUGGGACCGCUCUGGCCCUGCCCUCUUCUAUGUCUACAGUGACGGCACCUGCCUGCAAGGGAACAUCUUCUCCGUGGGUUCUGGAUCUCCCUAUGCCUACGGCGUGCUAGACCGCGGCUACCGCUAUGACAUGACCCCCCAGGAAGCCUAUGCCCUGGCUCGCUGUGCCGUGGCCCACGCCACCCACCGCGAUGCCUACUCCGGGGGUUCUGUAGACCUUUUCCACGUGCGGGAGAGCGGAUGGGAGUAUGUGUCACGCAACGAUGCCUGUGUGCUGUACUCGGAACUGCAGAAGCUUCCGGAGCCAGACAAGGAAGAGGAGGAGGCCAGCCGGGACCAUCCGGAGCCCGCCAGCCGGCACAGAGACUCUAGGAUGCCCGCAGAGACUGAGAUUCUCUGAGAAGC